AUGGGCAACCUGUACUCAGAGUACCUGAAUGCCAGCAAGGUCCGGGAACACUACAAUUACACCAAGGAGACGCUGGACACGCAGGAGACGUCCUCCCGCCAGGUGGCCUCGGCCUUCAUCAUCAUCAUCUGCUGCACCAUUGUGGUGGAAAACCUGCUGGUGCUCAUCGCGGUGGCCCGCAACAGCAAAUUCCACUCGGCCAUGUACCUGUUCCUGGGCAACCUGGCCGCCUCGGAUCUACUAGCAGGCGUGGCCUUUGUAGCCAAUACCUUGCUCUCGGGCCCUGUCACGCUGGGGCUGACACCUGUGCAGUGGUUCGCCCGUGAGGGCUCUGCCUUUAUCACGCUCUCUGCCUCCGUCUUCAGCCUCCUGGCUAUCGCCAUUGAGCGACACGUGGCCAUUGCCAAGGUCAAGCUCUACGGCAGUGACAAGAGCUGCCGCAUGCUGCUGCUCAUUGGGGCUUCAUGGCUCAUCUCGCUGGUUCUCGGUGGCCUGCCCAUCCUUGGUUGGAACUGCCUGGGCCACCUCGAGGCCUGCUCCACCGCUCUGCCCCUCUAUGCCAAGCACUAUGUGCUCUGCGUAGUGACCAUCUUCUCUGUCAUCUUGUUGGCCAUCGUAGCUCUGUAUGUCCGCAUUUACUGCGUGGUCCGCUCAAGCCAUGCCGAUGUGGCCGGCCCACAGACGCUGGCUCUGCUCAAGACAGUCACCAUCGUGUUGGGUGUCUUCAUUGUCUGCUGGCUGCCCGCCUUUAGCAUCCUCCUCCUGGACUAUGCCUGUCCCAUCCGGUCCUGCCCUGUCCUCUACAAAGCCCAUUAUUUCUUUGCCUUUGCCACCCUCAACUCGCUGCUCAACCCUGUCAUCUACACUUGGCGCAGCCGGGACCUGCGACGGGAGGUGCUACGGCCCCUGCAGUGCUGGCGGCGGGCGGCAGGGGUGCAAGGACGGCGGGGUGGGACCCCAGGCCACCACCUCCUGCCCCUCCGCAGCUCCAGCUCGCUGGAGAGGGGCUUGCACAUGCCCACAUCGCCUACGUUUCUGGAGGGCAACACAGUGGUCUGA